AUGUCGGCCUUUACAAUUCUCCUGAUCACCAUCCUUGGCCACCAGUUGGUGGAUUCCGCCAUUGUGUAUAAGUGGCAUGCUAUAGACUAUGAAUGGCCAAGCACUUCAGUCAAACAAGCAUCCAUCAAAAACGGAAGUUUCAUCAUAAAAAAUAACCUCCUCUCUGGCAUAAAGAUCUACAAUGAAAGUGUGUACGUGACGGUUCCUCGUACGAAGAAAGGCGUUCCUUCUGCUGUGAAUGUGAUAGUGGAGAAGAAUGGGGAGGCAAUCCUUAGACCCUUCCCCAGUUGGUCCAUGCAGACAGUGGGUGACUGCUCAGCUAUCCAGUUCGCCCAGAGUUUUGAGAUUGAUCAGUCAACUGGAUGGAUGUGGAUUAUUGACACUGGCUUACAUAUAAUCGCCGACCCUGGGCAGUUCUUGUGUCCCGCUAAACUAGUUAUCUACGAUAUUAACGCUAAGAAGGUCAUCCGAGUCCAUACUUUUCCUGAAGCCGUCGCGCCAAAGAUGCGGACGUACCUGAACGACAUCGUGGUCCAUAAAAUUUCAGGAAAGCCUGCUUAUGCUUACAUCACCGAUACUGGAACAGCCAAACUUGUCGUUUAUGAUUUCAGAAAGGACAAAUCGUACACAUUUGCACACAAGAGCAUGGCAGCAGAGAGCGGCCCAGCUACCAUAAUCGAUUUUGACAACACGAAAUUUGUGUCAAAAACAGCGAUAAAUGGCAUUGCUCUUUCACCCGACUCCCGGUACCUCUACUACUGCCCCUUGGCGUCAAUGAAACUCUAUCGUGUCCCCACGUCAGUGCUUGCGCAAGAAAAUGGUGACAUUAGCAGAUCUGUGAAAAACCUAGGAGACAAAGUUUCCCAGACGGGUGGCAUGAUGGCUGGCAGUAAAAGUUUGUUUUACGGAGCGUUGAAUAAGAAUGCUGUCUAUAAAUGGGAUUUCACCAAGGACAUGGCCAUUGCAGCAUCUGUUGACGACGUUACCCUGACAACACAGACCCAGGUGGUAAAGGAUGAAGCGCUCAUGAACUGGGUUGACAGCUUUGCUUUCGACACCAGUGGCCACCUCUACUUUACAGUCAAUAACGUGCCAAAGUUCCUUCAGAAUACAAUGGAUUUUAAAGACACGGGCCCGUUUAAUAUGUUCGUUUGGAAGAUUUAUGUUGGCGAAAAGAAUUAUUGGUAA